GCGGUUACUCACUCCAUGGCUGUGGAAAGGAGAGGCGGCGGCGGCCUCGGUUGAAGAAAGAAGUCGGGAGCGGGAGCGAAGGUUGUAGACGCUGGCCGAUUUGCUUUGAGAGUUGGAGUAGCUGUUGCCACCACAGUCUGGAACCAUGAGCGGGUUUAAUUUCGGAAGCACUGGCGCUUCCACAGGCGGAUUCACAUUUGGCACCGCGAGAACAGCAACCACCACACCCUCAACAGGGUUUUCUUUCUCCACUCCCAGCACUGGGGGAUUUACCUUCGGAACGCCCUCCCAGCCGGCUUCGAGUACCCCUUCGACCAGCCUCUUCUCGCUCAAUACCCAAGCUCCAGCAGCUCAGACCACAGGAUUCACUUUUGGAACAACUCCUGCUUCCACGGCAACUGGCUUCUCCUUAGGGAUCAGUGCUCCGAAGCCAAGCUUGAGCAGUACGGCUGCUGCCCCAGUCACGGCCAACCCCAGCGGCUUUGGGCUUGGUGGCAGCACCCUCGCCAAUGCCUUAUCAAAUGCUGUCACUUCCAGCCAGGGGACGGCAUCCACUGGCUUUGUGUUCGGUUCCUCUGCCACCUCCACAGCUCCAGCCUCCACGUCCGGAGGGUUCUCGUUCAUCGGCGGAAGCUCGUCCCAGGCUGGGACCUCCGGCUUCAACAUUGGCUCUCUAGGCAGUGGAGCCCCGCCCAUGCCCCUUCCCGGGUUGCCCUUCACUACAGCCACAGCAGCAACCACUGCAGCGGGGGCCACCCAGCCAGCCGUGCCCGCACCAGCAGCCACCGCCACCAGUGCAGGGCCCACCCUCUUCGCCUCCAUCGCAGCCGCUCCCACCUCGUCCACCAGUGGGCUCACCCUCUGUGCCCCAGCAACCACCAGUGGAGCUCCUGGGACUGGGACCUUGGGCUUUAGCCUGAAAACCCCCGGAACAGCUUCUAGCACCUCAACAGUGACAUCCACCACUACGGCCACAACCACCACCACUGCCGCCACUGGCUUUGCCUUGAAUAUAAAGCCUCUGGUGCCAGCUGCGAUUUCCAGCAGUGCAGCAGCAGGUGCGACCGCCCUGUCUGGCUCCGGCGCAGCCGCCGGGACAGCCACCUCUGCGGCGAUGACCUAUGCACAGCUGGAGAGCCUGAUCAACAAGUGGAGCCUGGAGCUGGAGGACCAGGAGCGCCACUUCCUCCAGCAGGCCACCCAGGUCAACGCCUGGGACCGCACGCUGAUCGAGAACGGGGAGAAGAUCACCAGCCUGCACCGUGAGGUGGAGAAGGUGAAGCUGGACCAGAAGAGGCUGGACCAGGAGCUCGACUUCAUCCUGUCCCAGCAGAAGGAGCUGGAAGACCUGCUGAGCCCCCUGGAGGAGUCGGUGAAGGAGCAGAGUGGGACCAUCUACCUGCAGCACGCGGACGAGGAGCGCGAGAAGACCUACAAGUUGGCGGAGAAUAUCGACGCACAGCUCAAGCGCAUGGCGCAGGACCUCAAGGACAUCAUCGAGCACCUGAACACAUCCGGGGGCCCUGCCGACACCAGCGACCCCCUGCAGCAGAUCUGCAAGAUCCUCAACGCACACAUGGAUUCGCUGCAGUGGAUCGACCAGAACUCGGCCCUUCUGCAGAGGAAGGUGGAGGAGGUGACCCGGGUGUGCGAGGGGCGCCGAAAGGAGCAGGAGCGCAGCUACCGGAUCACGUUCGACUGAGGGACUGGGCGCCGGCCUGCUGGGCCCCUGGGCUCUCGAGCCAGGCUGGCGGCAUGCACUGAGGCGCUUGUUCCUCCUCUCAGAUGAUUGUGCUGUUGAAAUUGUUCUGUGGUUUGACUUUUCCCAUUAGCAAAUAGAAAGUGUUCUCUGCCUUCUGGUCCAGGCAGCGACCUAGUGUGUGGUUUCUGUGUUUUGUCCGGGUAGUUUUGGCCCUUUCUCACCUACUACAGCCACCCACCCAUAGCCAAACGAUAGAGAAAUACCGAUUCGCCUAAGAAAAAUCUCCCCAGCCAGGACUGGUUGGGCAGCCACUCGGCCCAACGUGGCAGGUACAGUGGAGAAGGACUGAGCAGCUGGCAGCCUGGGCAUACAAGAUGUGUACUCUUGAAAA